AUGUGUUUAGAUGAUGGUAAUUCGGAUGAUUCGGAUGAUUCAGAUGAUUCAGAUGAUUCAGAUGAUGAUUCAGAUGAUGAUGAUGAUUCAGAUGAUGAUGAUGAUGAUGAUGAUGAUGAUGAUGAUGAUGAUGAUGAUGAUGAUGAUGAUGAUGAUGAUGAUGAUGAUGAUGAUGAUGAUGAUGAUGAUGAUGAUGAUGAUGAUGAUGAUGAUGAUGAUGAUGAUGAUGAUGAUGAUGAUGAUGAUGAUGAUGAUGAUGAUGAUGAUGAUGAUGAUGAUGAUGAUGAUGAUGAUGAUGAUGAUGAUGAUGAUGAUGAUGAUGAUGAUGAUGAUGAUGAUGAUGAUGAUGAUGAUGAUGAUGAUGAUGAUGAUGAUGAUGAUGAUGAUGAUGAUGAUGAUGAUGAUGAUGAUGAUGAUGAUGAUGAUGAUGAUGAUGAUGAUGAUGAUGAUGAUGAUGAUGAUGAUGAUGAUGAUGAUGAUGAUGAUGAUUCGAACUUGUCAGAUGAUGUGGUGAAGCUGCUCGGCAAUAUCACGCGUCGGUGGAUUUUUGAUAGGAUUGUGUUGGUGAAACUGACCGGAUCGCAAAUCCCGUAUGUACAAGAGUCAAAACAUGUGACGACCAAAUAUGUGUUCCAAGUUGUCACCAAAGCCGAAACCACAGAAUAUCCCUAG